AUGGAAUCGCAGCUCAUCGCACGUGUGAAUCUAGGCGCUGUCCUGGUGCCUAUGACUGUCCUUUGGCUGCUGCUGCUAAUGCUUCUAAGCUCUGCCUACCCGUGCCUGGGUAGCGACCUGAUCCUUCUAGAAUCCAGACUGUAUCAAAGCGACACAGUAUCCCCUCUGUCACCUGAGAGGCGCAACGACCACAUUUCUCGAACAUUUGCAACUCUUUUCUUGUUGCUGCUUAAUACGGCGCGAUAUAGACGCAACGUCUAUCGAUAUGAGUAUCUUGUCCGACCGCAGUUUAUUUUUGUUCUCAUCGAAAACCCCAACCCGGUAAUUAAGUAG